CCAGUAUUGAGGGUACAUAUUCAAUUAUUCCCACACGUACGCUUAAUACUAAGCCCUAAAUUUUCAUUCGGGAGACUGCACAUGCCACGCUAAACUUGUGCAUUCAACGUUCCUAUAACAAGGUAGUGAUUUGAUUUCGGUAUACGUGUUAGUACAUACACCUGAUAUAAAGAGAAGGCAACAUAAGAUGCGCCGUCUGCGAAUGCCUGGAAGGCGUAUAAACAAUGGCGUCGUUACCAGCGAGAUCAGACAGGCCGAGGCCCAUAAUCGAUAUGCGGAAGAAUCGAAGAUGUGGCGCGACUACAAACGGGAGAAGCUGAACGAUACCUCAGGAUUAGAUCCAGUACAUCGUAGCCGUGCUGGUAUUGAACCGUCGCGGCACUCCGCCGAUGGUCAUCCAAGGACGUAUAAAAGCGGGGCAGAUCGGGCUACUGAACAUGCGCCAUCUUCUGUACCUGAGCAUCGCUCCGGUGGAAUGGGACUUGAGAGCAGGACUAGAGAGCGUUCAAGGCGUAGUCAUAGCAGGGAUGAUGUUCGACAGUAUCGACGCGACACUAUCGAUGGUCGAGGAUAUAGGAGUGGGAAGGUAUGGGAGAAUGCUGGUGUAGAGGAUGGGCGUAUCAUUCGUGAGAGAAGGAGAGAAGAUGGGCGUAUUAACCGUGAGAGAAGGAGAGAGGAUGGAGCUGUGAAGUCCAAAGACAAAUGCGAGCGAGACAAUGACGACCGGGCGAAUGAUGAUCGGUUUGGUUCGUCACAAGGCUUAGCUGGGUGUAAAAGAAAAUAUGGAGAACGCUACAGUGCAACUCAGCAGACGAGUGAUUCAGAUACAGAUAAUAAGGUAUACAAGGACAUUCACAAUAGAGACGAGCACCUCACUAGAAGCGUGAGAGCUUAUGAGUGUGAUCUUCAAGAUGAUAUCAAACCUCGUAGAAUGCGUAUAGAAGGUGACCAUGGGCACUCCACGCCGACUUCUACUCGACACAACUUUGCGGAGACGAGGAAAAUAGCGGCCGAAAGGAAGUUGCAAGACAUUGCUAGGAAAUCACAUAGUAUAGGCCAGAGCUGGGCUUCCAGUGGGUUUGAUGAAUGGAAUGAAGAUGACGAAUGCGUACUGCGGUUACAGAAUAUAAAGCAAGAUGGAUCAACAGAUACACGAAUCAGGCAUGAUGGAGAUGCACCUGACAACGUGAACGGGUUGCGGAGCACUAAAAAAUCUAAAAGACCUCGACUAGAAAAUCAUAUUGACACGGGACGAGACGGACAAGGCGGUGGUCGUAGGGCGAACGAAAGUGGGUGUGAUAGUAGUAGUGGGAGCAAUUGCAAUAGUAUAUCAGAACGUAGAGUCAAACGUAAGAGGCGAAAGAAAGAAAGUACGGAAAAGAAACACAAGAAGAGGAAAGAGCACAAGAAAAGUCGCUGAUGGUAGGUGCAAUAAUUCAAGCACCACGGACCAAUAAAAACAAUAGUAGAGCACA